AUGGCUAAACGUGCUGACCAGUACUUAGAAAUGAUCGAUCAUCACAUUGACGAAGACAAUUCCCGAGUCAUGGAGAACACGAUCCGGUUAGUUGCCGGGUCUCCCGGAUUCAGUUGUUUCCAAGGCGUACCGGAACUUCUGAUGGAAGCCACAAAACACUGCAUGACUUCCAGGUCUGACCUCAACGCUGUACUCUCGUACGGCAAUCCUGUCGGUUAUCAAAAGUUCCUGGACGAGCUUGCCAAAUUCCUAACGGACGAGUACGGAACAAAGGUGUCAUGUUCAAACCUAAUGGCAACUGGGGGUUCCACGUGGGCCAUAACAGCCAUUGCCCGUAUGUUUGUCGGCACGUCAGCACCGGUUUUUGUGUCAAAUCCGACCUUUAACGGAAGUAUCAUGAUUCUGAAGGAUGAGCUACAUCUAAAUGUCAUACCAGUUCAAAUGGAUGACAAGGGAAUUGAUACUGGGAAUCUGGAAGAACUCUUGGAAGAUAUCUUCUCAUCAGUUGGAACUGAUCACGUGACUGAUAAUAGACCAUAUUGGGGAAUGGUUUCUCUGAUAUCCAAUUAUGACAACCCAACAGGCAUAUCUUUAUCGCCAGAGAGAUCCAAAAGACUGGUCGAUCUAGGCCGGAAGUACAACCUGUUGGUGGUGUCAGACGACAUCUACAGCCUGUUGUACUACACAGGUGACAAAUACCUUCCUGUACCACGCCUCAUUACGUACGAUGACAGCUCGGACCCGGCUUACCAAGGACGCGUGUUGUCGAUAGGGUCGUUCUCUAAGCUGCUGGCCCCGGGGUUGAGGGUAGGCUGGAUUGAGGGCCCAGAGAGAGUUAUACAGCUGUUGUCGUCUGUGCCGUCGUUGUUGGGUGGCAGCGUGUGUCACUACCCAUCCAGUGUUUUGGCCAGCGCGUUGCAGCUUGGCCUCGUGCAGGAUCACGUUACCAGGAUCAGGGAGAUAUAUGGGAGCCGAUUAAAGGCCGUUAUGAAGGUGUUGGAUGAACAGCUGCCUGCAGCAUUUUCCUACAUUGCCCCAAAGGGAGGAUAUUUUAUAUGGAUCAGACUGCUUGAAGAAGUUAAUGUGUCUGACCUUUGUGACCUCUGCGAGACUAAGUUCAAUGUGUCGUUAUCACCAGGACAUGCCUACUACCUGGGGGACAAGGCUGAGAACUGUGUACGAAUUACCUUUGGAUACUAUGAAGAGGAAGUGCUGGUUGAGGGCAUCAAGAGAAUGUGUGGCGGCAUGAGGGAGUACCUUUCAUCAUUGGCCUCGGACGCUACAUCAUAAAUUAACCCGUGCACCACAACACAGAAAAUGUCAUCAUCUUCAAGCAUUAUAAUUUAAUCAAACAGAUUUAAGUAGGCCUAUAUUGUGAUAACCAUGUACUAUGUACAGCGCUUUUGUGUAACAGGAACGCUCCGACCUGGAUCGAAUGGACUUUUGCAGAAUUCUAAAUAAAACUAGACUUGUAAAACAGGAGAAACCAAGUUCUAAAUACCUAAAUUGACUGUUUGUCAUGCCUUUGGCUCUGUUGUACUCUGGGUACGGUAUACCUCAAUGUUUUCAGCUCUCAUUUUCAACUUCCCUCGCUCGUGUAGGCCAUGUUGUUGGCGCAAUGUUCACAUUAUGUGCAUUACUUGUCUCGAUUAUGUUUGCACCACAGCUGUUCAUACAUGUUAUGAUGCUAUUUCACUUUUAUUUCUUAUAUUUAUUCUGGUAUUAACUACUAUUAAGUAACUCCUUUUUGUAGCUUUGAUGAUCUGGGUAAAGCAACCCUUUCGGGAUUACUUUUUUCGGUGAGUAGGAGCCAAAGUACUGCAUUGGUUGACCUCAAAGUUAGACUCGGUGCGAUAUUCAACCCCAACUGCCUAAUUUGAGUGAGUUUUCAGAAAUUAUUACUUGAAGUAGUGUAAUAAGGGGCCUCCGUGGCUCAGUUGGUUAGCGCACUAGCGCAGCGUAAUGACCCAGGGGCCUCUCACCAAUGCAGUCGAUGUGAGUUAGCUCAUGCUGGCAUUCUCUCCGGCCGUACUUGGGAAGGUCUGUCAUCAACCUGCGGAUGGUCGUGGGUUUCCCCGGGCUUUUCCUCCCACCAUAAUGCUGGUCGUCGUCGUAUAAGUAAAAUAUUCUUGAGUACGGCGUAAAACACCAAUCAAAUUAAUAAAUAAAUAAAAUAGUGUAAUAAACUAUGGAUGCUGAUUUGAAGAUUAUAGAUUAUGUGGUUUGAAAACUUGCUCCAUUCCGAUUUAAUACUUAUCACACUGUUUAGGUGUGAUCUCCACUUGGUCGUUACGCAUCAUUACGCAUUAGAUCAUUGCGUCACUUGCAGCUAAAUGAACCCAGUUAUGUUCAUUGCACACUCGCUACAUGAAACUGUUUGCUAAUCUUGAAACCUGCUUGUAAACACUCCUGAAAUUAAAUGGUUUUGGUAUUUAAAGAUCAUUUAAUUAUUUUUACCAAGCCGUUUUAGCAGGAAUUUAGCCUGGUUUGGUCAUUUGACGAAAGGGUAUACAUAGAGGUUUCCACCAUGUAUUUGGGGGAUGUCAGCCUGGCAUCCAGACGUGUUUGGAUCUCCUUCUACCUAUGAGGUGCGCAUCCCGAGGUUUCCGAAUAUUAAAUAGCAUCUUCAAUACGUAGAAUUACAUGGAAUACAGAAUAAUACAGGAUUACUACACAUACUUAGGAGGACAACGUGUAGCUUUAGCCUAGGCUAUAGCAUGCUGAAUACUAAGGGGUAUUAUAACUAUGCCGUACGAGUGUUUACCUGACCUGACCUGUUACCAUCGCCACACUUGCAGUUAUACCAUUGAUUUGUUGGCGGUCAUGAUAUAACAACUAUUUACUACGUAUGUUUAUUGCUGCUUUUGUUGGGCUCGGUUU